CCACUGCCACUCCGCCCAGCGCCUCGCCACGGCAGCAGCACCGCAGCGCCCACACCGCGCUCCCUCAUCCUCGACCCGCAGCGCAGGAGCAGCGCGGCCCGUGCCCACGCCGCCUCUCCUGCCCCUGCGCGUGUGCUCGCGCCGCCGCCGCCAUGCCCGUCGGCCCGGCGCCCAUGCUGGCGGGGCCAAGCAUGGCUGCGCUGGCCGCACAGCAGACCGAUGUGCUCGGCCGCAUCUUCUCCAAUCUGAAGAGCAGAGACGAGGCUGUCCGGCUGGCCGCCGGGCGAGAGCUCGCACAGCAUGUCGCCUUUGUGGCCGCAGAGCUCAAGGGCGAUGCCGUCUCGGUCUUCAAUAACGAUCUGAACCGGCGCAUCUUCGAGCUGACGCACAGCCCGAGCACACACGAGAAGCUCGGCGGCAUCGUGGCCAUCGACUACCUCACUGACCUGGAGAGCGAGGACAACAGCGCACGCCUCUACCGCUUCUACCAGUACCUCAAGCCGAAUCUGCCCUGCAAUGACCCGCAGGUCAUGAUCGCGGCGUCCAAGGCGCUCGGACGAGUGUCCAAGUACGGCGGCCACUCGCUGGGCGACCAGUUCAUCGAGUUCGAGGUGCAGCGAGCGCUCGACUUCCUGCAGUCGGGCGACCGGAAUGAGGCGGGCCGGUACGCAGCAGUGCUGAUCAUCCGCGAGAUGGCGCACAAUGUGCCCCACCUCUUCCACGCAUACGUGCCGCGCGUGCUGGAGCGGAUUUGGGUGGCGCUGAGAGAUGCCAAGGUGCUCGUGCGGGAAGGUGCUGCCGAGGCGAUGGGCGCCUGCCUGCAGAUCAUCGCCCAGCGCGAGAAGCAGAUGGGCGGCCAGGCCUACGAGGCCAUCUAUGAGGAGGCCGAGCGGGGACUGAAGAUGAACACAGUCGAGGCGAUCCACGGCAGUCUGAUGGCGGUGCAGGAGCUGCUGCAGCACUCCAAGACUUUCAUGCGAUCACGCUUCGGGCGAGCCUGUGACCUCGUCGCGCGGCUCCACAAGCACCGCGACCCGCUGAUCCGGCGAACGAUCACGAACCUCGUGCCAGUGCUGGCGAACUACGACCCGCACUUCUUCGCAGAUCAGCACCUGGGCGCCGUCAUGGCGCUGCUGACGGAGCAGCUGCGGAGGGAGCGCGACCGCUCGACGCGGGAAUCCGUCUCGCAGACGUUCGAGGCCAUCGGCCUCGUGUCUGCGGCGAUGGGCAGCAAGAUGAAGCCGUACAUCGAGCGAAUUCUCGCCUGCGUCAAGGAGGGCCUGCAGUCCCGGGGCCGCAAGAACCCGACGCCCGAGGCGCCGAUCUUCUUCUGCAUCGGCUACCUAGCCAUGGCUGUGGGGCCGCACCUCACGCGCUACAUGCACGAGCUGUUCGACCUGAUGUUCGCGUGCGGCCUGAGCAUGCCGCUGGUGCAGGCGCUCGAGCGCAUCGUGCGUGCCGUGCCGCCAUUGCUGCGCGUCGUGCAGCUCCGCCUGCUCGACAUGCUCUCCGUCACGCUCACAGAUCAGCCUUACCGACCGCUGGGCGCGCCCGCGCGCAGGCCCAUCGCGUCCGUCACGGCAGCUGUGCAGCCGCCGGCUGAGCACAAGACCGGCGAGUCGGUCACCGUGGCGCUGCAGACGCUCGGGCAGUUUGACUUUAGCGGCCACAUCCUCAACGAGUUUGUGCGCAGCUGCACGCUGCCGUAUCUGGAGGACGACGCGGUCGACGUGCGGAAAGCGGCAGCCGUGACGUGCGCCCGCCUCUUUGGCGACGACCCGAUCUGCUACCAGACGAGCAUGCACGCGAUCGAGGUCGUCAACGACGUGCUCGACAAGCUCAUGACGGUGGGCAUCGCCGACCCCGAGGCCACGCUGCGCAAGACGGUGCUCUCAGCACUCGACGAGCGCUUCGACCGGCACUUGGCGCAGGCCGAGUACGUGCGCUCGCUCUUCAUUGCGCUCAACGACGAGGACUUUGGCGUGCGGGAAGUGGCGAUUGCCAUCAUCGGCCGGCUGGCCAAGCACAACCCGGCCUACGUCAUGCCGUCUCUGCGCAAGGCGCUCAUCCAGCUCCUCACGGAGCUCGAGUAUGCCACCGUCAGCCGGCACAAGGAGGAGGCCGCCAAGCUGCUCACCGACGUCGUGCGCGCCUCGCAGCGCCUCGUCAAGUCGUACGCGCUGCCGAUGCUCGAGGUCCUGCUGCCCAAGGCCAACGACCCUGCGCCCGGCGUGGCGGCACGCGUGAUGGAAUGUCUGGGCGAGCUUGCACGCGUUGGCGGCGAGGACCUGGCGCCGCACGUGGACCAGCUCAUGCGCCUGGCCAUCGAGCAGCUCUCGUCACACUCGGUGCACGGCUCCACCGCCAAGCGCGACGCCGCGCUGCGCAGCCUGGGCCUCGUCGCCUCGAAUACAGGCAACGUAGUGAACCCGUACCUCAAGUACCGCAGCCUGCUCGGCACCGUCGUCAAGAUCCUGAAGAACGAGCCAAACCCGGCCGUGCGGCGCGAGACGAUCCGCGUGAUGGGCAUCCUCGGCGCGCUGGAUCCGUACCGCUACAAGCUGCUCGAGAAGACGACGGAGGACGGCGUAGCCGAGGCGGGCAAGGCCAGCGGCACGGACCUUUUCGAGCUCGCCAUGGCCGUGGGCACGAGCACCGAUGACUACGCGCAGAACGUGGCCAUCGACUCGCUCAUCAACAUCCUCAAGGACCCGUCGCUCUCGACGCACCACCACGCCGUCAUCGAGGCGGUGAUGUACGUGUUCAAGACGCAGGGCCUCAAGUGCGUCACGUUCCUGCCGCAGAUCAUCCCGGCGUUCCUCAACGUGAUCCGCACGUGCAUCACGGGCACCGAGUUCUACUGGCAGCAGCUCGGCAUCCUCAUCGGCAUCAUCCGGCAGCACGUGCGCAACUACCUCAAGGACAUCUUUGACCUCGUGCAGGAGAACUGGAACCCCAACUCGAGCAUCCAGCUCACGAUUGUCUCGCUCGUCGAGGCCGUGGCCAAGGCGCUCGAGGGCGAAUUCAAGACGUACCUGCCGAUCCUCCUCCCGCAGCUCAUCCAGACGCUCGACGGCGAGAUCACGCCGAAGCGCCAGCCGACGCUGCUGCGCAUCCUGCACUCAUUCGUCAUCUUUGGCUCGAGCAUCGACGAGUACAUGGGCCUUGUGCUGCCCGUCGUCGUCAAGAUGUUCGAGCGCCCGGACGCCUCGCAGACGCUGCGCCGCUCCGCCAUCGUGACGAUCGGCCAGCUGGCGUCCAAGGUCAACUUCUGCGACCACGCCUCGCGCGUCAUCCACCCGCUCGUGCGCGUGCUGCAGUCGGGCAGCCCGGAGCUGCGGCCCGCCGCCAUGGACACGCUUGCGGCGCUCGUGUUCCAGCUCGGCCCGUCGUACGCGACGUUCAUUCCGGUCGUGUCCAAGGCCCUGGCGCAGAAGGACAUCCGGCAUGCCAAGUAUACGGAGCUCGUCAACAUGCUGCUCAACGGCGAGCGCCUGCCGCAGGAGGUCGCGCCGGCGGACAAGGCGCUCGACGAGCGCGCCGAGGAGGCGCCGCUGGCCGAGGCGACCAAGAUGACCGUCAACCAGCAGCACCUGAAGCAGGCGUGGGACACGUCCAAGGUGUCGACGAGCGAGGACUGGCGCGAGUGGCUGCGGCGCAUGGCCGUCGAGUUCAUGCGCGAGUCGCCGUCGCACGCUCUGCGCGCGUGCCGCGCCCUCGCCGACGUGUAUCAGCCGCUGGCGUACGACCUCUUCAAUACGGCGUUCGUGUCGUGCUGGACGGAGCUCUACGACAACUAUCAGGACGAUCUCGUCAAGGCCAUCGAGGUGGCGUUCGACGCCGUCGAUAUUCCCGACCAGGUCAUUCACAUGCUGCUCAACCUCGCCGAGUUCAUGGAGCACGACGACAAGGCGCUGCCGAUCAACAUCCGCCUGCUCGGCGACCGCGCGUACAAGUUCCACUCGUACGCCAAGGCGCUGCACUACAAGGAGGCCGAGUUCCUCUCCGAGACGUCGCCGCAGAUCAUCGAGGCGCUCAUCGACAUCAACACGAAGCUGCAGCAGUCCGACGCCGCCUUUGGCACGCUCACGUAUGCGCGCGAGCACCUUGACAUUACGCACCACGAGGAGUGGUAUGAGAAGCUGCACCGCUGGGAGGAGGCACUGGUGGCGUACGACCGGAGAGCAGGCGGCAAGAACGAGUCCGAGACGACGUUCGGCCGCAUGCGCUGUCUGCACGCCCUCGGCGAGUGGGAGAGCCUGUCGGAGCUCGUCUCGAUGAAGUGGGUCAACGCGCCAAGCGACGAGCGGCGGCAGAUGGCGCCGCUGGCCGCCGCCGCCGCGUGGUCGCUGGGCCAGUGGGAUCUGAUGGACGAGUUCAUCUCGGCCAUGCGGUCCGACUCGUCGGAGCGCUCCUUCUUCCGUGCCAUUCUCGCCGUGCACCGCUCGCAGCGCAGCAGCGCCAACAAGCACAUCACGCGCGCGCGCGACUCGCUCGACUCGGAGCUCACGGCGCUCAUCUCGGAGAGCUACUCUCGCGCAUACGACCUCAUGGUGCGCACGCAGAUGCUCUCCGAGCUCGAGGAGGCCCUCGUGUACAAGCUCGACUACCGCGACCAGCCCGACCGCCAGGCGACGAUGCGGGCGACGUGGAUGAAGCGCCUCAAGGGCUGCCAGCCCGAGGUGGAGGUGUGGCAGCGCAUCCUGUCCGUGCGCAGCAUCGUGCUCACGCCCGUCGACGACACCGAGACGUGGAUCAAGUUCGCCAACCUCUGCCGCAAGUCGGGCCGCAUGGUGCUCGCCGAGAAGACGCUCAACUCGCUGCUCGGCCCCGAGCUGAUGAGCAUGAAUGGCGCCACGGCAAACGGCAACCUGGACGCGCGGGCAGCGGCCGCCCUCGGGCCCAAGGCGCCGCCGCCGGUCAUCUACGCGCACCUCAAGUUCAUGUGGGCGAGCGGCGCGCGCGUCGAGAGCCUCAACUACCUGCGCGACUUUACCGUCAACCUGGCGGAGGACCUGGGCCUGCACGCCGUCGACGAGCACGGCAACCCGGUGACGCAGGACUGGCACUCGGUGCCGCGGCUCAGCGAGUUCGCGCGCCUCCUCGCCCGCUGCUACUUCAAGCAGGGCGAGUGGCAGGCGGCGCUGCACGAGGAGUGGGUCACCGACGACCAGUGCGACGUCAUCGACUCGUACCGCCGCGCCACGGAGCUCGACCGCAAUUGGUACAAGGCGUGGCACGCCUGGGCGCUGGCAAACUUCGAUGUCAUCUCGCACCACGAGAGCCACGGCGACGUCGUGUCGGCGCAGAUGAUCGCCGCGAGCAUCGUGCCCUCCGUGCAGGGCUUCUUCCGCUCGAUUGCGCUCGCGAGCGGCAACUCGCUGCAGGACACGCUGCGCCUCCUCACGCUGUGGUUCAAGUACGGCUACCAGGAGAACGUGGCCGACGCCGUGUCCGAGGGCUUCAGCAGCGUCAUCGUCGACACGUGGCUGAGCGUGAUCCCGCAGAUCAUUGCGCGCAUCAACUCGCCGAGCGAGAAGGUCCGCCGCCUCAUCCACCACCUCCUCUCCGACGUCGGCGCCGCGCACCCGCAGGCGCUUGUGUACCCGCUCACCGUCGCGGCCAAGUCGCCGAGCGUCAUGCGCAUCCAGGCCGCCAUGGGCAUCAUGGACAACGUGCGCGAGCAUAGCCCGCUGCUCGUCGAGCAGGCGCUGCUGGUCUCCAACGAGCUGAUCCGCGUGGCGAUUCUAUGGCACGAGCUGUGGCACGAGGGCCUCGAGGAAGCCUCGCGGCUCUACUUCACCGAGCACGACAUUCCCGCCAUGUUUGCCACGCUCGAGCCGCUGCACGACGCGCUGGAGAAGGGCCCGGAGACGCUGCGCGAGACGUCCUUUGCGCAGACGUACGGGCGCGACCUCAACGAGGCGCGCGAGUGCAGCCGGCGCUACCGGCAGUACAGCGAGAUCACGGACCUGAACCAGGCGUGGGACCUGUACUACCACGUCUUCCGGCGCAUCACCAAGCAGCUGCCGGCGACGAACUCGGUGCAGCUGGACCUGCAGUACGUCUCGCCGAAGCUGCUCUCGCUGCGCGACCUCGAGCUGGCCGUGCCGGGCACGUACCAGAGCGGCCAGCCCAUCGUGCGCAUCACGCAGUUCGAGCAAGUCGUGCUCGUCAUCUCGUCGAAGCAGCGCCCGCGGCGCCUCAAGAUGAAGGGCAGCGACGGGCGCACGUACCAGUACCUGCUCAAGGGCCACGAGGACCUGCGGCAGGACGAGCGCGUGAUGCAGCUCUUCGGCCUCGUCAACACACUGCUGUCCAUCGACUCGGAGUCGUACAAGCGGCGCCUCGACAUCCGGCGCUUCCCCGUGAUUCCGCUGAGCCCCAACACGGGCAUGCUGGGCUGGGUGGAGAACAGCGACACGCUGCACGUGCUCAUCAAGGAGUACCGCGAGCAGCACAAGAUCCUGCUCAACAUCGAGCACCGCCUCAUGCUGCAGAUGGCGCCCGACUACGACAACCUGAUGCUCAUGCAGAAGGUCGAGGUGUUCGAGUACGCGCUCGACAACACGCCCGGGCAGGACCUGUACCGCGUGCUGUGGCUCAAGUCGCGCUCGUCCGAGUCGUGGCUGGAGCGGCGCACGGCGUACACGCGCUCGCUGGCCACGUCGAGCGUCGCCGGCUACAUCCUCGGCCUCGGCGACCGGCAUCCGAGCAACCUGCUGCUCGACCGCGUCGCCGGCCAGAUUGUGCACAUCGACUUUGGCGACUGCUUCGAGGUGGCGUGCGUGCGGCCCAAGUUCCCGGAAAAGGUGCCGUUCCGCCUCACACGCAUGCUCGUCAACGCCAUGGAGGUCGGCGGCGUCAAGGGCACGUUCAAGGUGACGAGCGAAAACGUGAUGCGCGUGCUGCGCGACAACAAGGAGAGCGUGCUGGCGCUGCUCGAGGCGUUCGUGCACGACCCGCUCAUCUCCUGGCGCCUCGUCGCCGACGACGCCAGCGAGCAAAAGGCGCCCGACGCCAGCGAGCACGAGACGGCGGGCCAGAUGCGCACGCAGCCGGGCGACGUGCGCAACCAGCGCGCCCUCGAGGUCGUGCGCCGCAUCCAGAACAAGCUCAACGGCCGCGACUUCAACCCGCAAGUGUCGCUUUCGGUGCCGGCGCAGAUCCAGCGCCUGGUGCAGGAGGCCAUGUCGCUCGAGAAUCUGUGCCAGGCCUUCAUCGGCUGGUGCUCGUUCUGGUGAUGCGCCUGCGGCUCUCUCCUUCUCCCUUUCGACAGCGCCCUGUGCUGCGCCUUUCCUGCUGCAUCUCUCUCUCUCUCUCCCUCUCCAUUCCAGACUCUUCCCCGCUCUCUCGCUCUCCCUGCAUCGUGUACUUCUAGCUCAAGUUCUCGCCGAACGACGAUCUCUCCCGCCUGG